AUGGCUGUUGCAAAACAAGCAAUGCAAAUAAGAUUACCGCCUCUACCGAGCAUUAAAGAUAUUAUAAGGUUAUACAAGCUACGUGCUUUACGUGAACUAUCUCAGAAUUUCCUUAUGGAACCAAGGUUGAUUGAUAAAAUAGUCCGAGCUGCAGGAAACAUAAGUAAUAAUGUUGUAUGUGAAGUAGGACCAGGUCCUGGUGGCAUAACGCGAUCUAUUAUUAGGCAAUAUCCGCGCAAAGUCAUUUUGAUUGAGAAAGAUCCCCGCUUCAUUCCAUCUCUAGAACUUCUUGCUGAUGCUUGUAAGGAUAAAAUUGAUCUAGAUAUUAUUACUGGAGAUAUUUUAAAAACAAAUAUUGCACAUUUUAUUCCUGACGAUGCUAAAGUAGAUUGGAAUGACCCUCCACCUCCAAUCAAUUUAAUAGGAAACUUACCUUUCAGUGUUUCAACAAUUUUGAUUAUAAGAUGGCUUGAAAUGAUAUCCAAGCAAGAAGGACCAUGGAGCUUUGGUCGCACAAGAAUGACAUUAACAUUUCAGAAGGAAGUAGCUGAGAGGAUGGCUGCUCGUAUUCUAGAUAAGCAAAGGUGUAGAUUGUCUGUAAUGUGCCAAUCUUGGUGCACUGUGAAUUACAAGUUUGAUAUUCCUGGAUCUGCCUUUCUACCUAAACCUGAUGUUGAUGUUGGUGUGGUUACACUGACUCCAUUAAAGAAUGCAUUAGUGAAACAGCCAUUUAAAAUGUAUGAAAAGCUUGUUCGGCAGAUAUUUUCAAUGAGACAAAAAUAUUCUAUCAGAGGAGCACAAACCCUAUUUCCUGAAGAUGUAAGUGAAGAAAUGGCCUUCAAAAUGUACAAAUUAGCUGAAAUAGACCCUUACAUUCGGCCCUUCCAGAUUGCUAAUGGGGAAUUUUCUAGAAUAUGUGAGGCUUACAGUGAAAUAAUAAAAAUGUAUCCUGAAUUUAAAAAUUAUGAUUAUAGAGCCCCGAAGAAAAAUGUUUCUGCUUUGGUAGAGAAUUUAGAAUAAAGCUUAGUGUAAUUUUUCAGUUAUUAAGUAGUUCUUGUAAAUAGAAAAUAAAUGAUAUAUAAAUAUC